AUGGCUCUUUCAGCUGCCGCCAUAACCGUGCGGGAAGAAUGGAAUCAGCAACGAUGGUCUUUAGACUCUCCGUACCCCAACAACUGUAGCACUCAUCUCCGUGAUCGUCAAAGCUCGCAAUCCAAGACUUUGUUCCUGACGGCACUCGGCGGCGCCAUUGGAGCUGGCAUCAGGUCCAAGUUGAAGGAAAUCCCAACAGCAUUCGCACAGCAACCCUGGAAGCACCUGAUUGUGCAUGGCAUCGGAGCCUUCCUCCUCGGCCUCUUCUCCCAUCCCGUCUUCCCGAAAGAUGUCUUCGCCCUCCUAGUCGCCGCGUUCCGAACCGUCUCAGCCAUAGUGACAGUGGACGUGUACAACUGUGUUGCCAGCGGCAAUCAGCUCUUGGCAUGGUUCUACCUAUGUACCUCUUUGCCAGCAAACUUGCUUAUGAAUCAUGUCGGCCGCACCAUUGCUGCAUUGUUCCAGAGGCUUGCCUGUACACUUGCUGAUUUGUCCUGA